AUGAAGGUAUCAGUUUGUGUCACUUUGCUUCUACUCUGUUGCAUCAGCCAUGCAAAAGCAGUCACUGUUGAGUCAUGUCCCAAGGCAGCUGGGAGCUUCAUUCAGACACAGGUUGAGGAAACGGUCACUCUGACCUGCGUGACUGAUGGCAGUAUGGACCCAUCAAACCAAAAUGAACUGCAGUGGUACCGCAAUGGUGACCUGGUGGACCUGAAAGAAGAAAACCGCCUGUACAGGAGUAGUCUGUGUGUACAGCCUGUCACCAGAGAGGACAAUGGAGCCAUCUUUACAUGUCAGCUGAAGGGUGAUGCAAGCGUGAACAACUCCAUUGAACUUGAUGUCCAGUUUCCCCCAGAUCUUAAUGACACAGAAGAGGUGUUUGUUGAGGAAACAAGCAAUGUUGUUCUGUCCUGCGAUGUCCUUGCCAACCCUCCUGUAACUGUGGCUUGGAAAAAGGAUGAUGAGCUUCUAGAUCUGACCUCUGGUAGUUAUAAAACCACCAAUAAUGGCAUAACCGCUCAGUUGACAGUCCCUAAAGUUAAGCGUGAUGUACAUCAAGGGACGUACACCUGUGAGACAACUUCAUCUGUCUACGGAAUUAGGAACAAGACAUUUAAAGUUACGGUUGAAGAUAAAGUUCUAAAGUUCCCUCUCGGACCCACAAUUGCUGGAGUGGUGGUGGUUGUCUGCACAAUAAUAAUAGCAAUCAUCUCUAGAAGGGAUCAAAUUAAAAAGUGCUGCAAACUAAACUGAACGUCUCCAGAUGGAAUAGCAUCUCAGGAAUUCAAACCAGAGAGCAAUUUGAAACAUUGAGCUUUGAGGACACCAUCACUUGACAAGCCUGACUGGAAUGCAAGUAACCGUUAUUGUACUGGCAAAUGGGACACUGCGAUGGAAUCCCUCUUAAAUCUGAAUUGCUAAUUAAAAAACACUUCUUUGGUUGCUAACUUUGCCCCCUUGCUUUAUCAUUGUUAAAUUAUGAGGUGAAAAAAGGUCUGUCAAAAAACUCUCUGAGAUGAUUGCCUCUUGCAUUUUUCUCCUGAUUCUGUACUUCUGGUAUUCUCCUAAUUCUUCUGGCAUUGAGUAAGUAUUUUAUCUGAGCCAGCAGCCACUCCUAGAACACUGAUACUCAGGUUUGUUAGGGAGAAUAAAUGAAUAAACAAAUGAAUUGCAAACUAUUGUUAACUGUUCAGGUCAAGGAUAUUUCUUUGUGUAAAUAAGCACUGUAAAAUGUAACUACCCAGAAGACAUUAACCUUUAGCCAUCAAACUCAAAACAUAAUGUGUGGCAAUAAUUAUAAUGGAAUGUUCUAUGAAAGGUUUGGGCACUUUAAAAUUUUUCUCUGUAUACUGUAUCAAAGCAUCCACAAGGUGAAAAUAAAUGCUGAAACAAAUAAAAAUGUAAUUCUAUUUCAGAA